GAGCUAUAUAUACAAACACGCGUUAUAAAUAGCGCACCGCCAUAUCUAGGGUUUGGGUUUUACAAGCCGGCGCUUCCUAUCUGCUUCGGCUUCUGAUCUCUUUGCUACAAUCGAAGACCCUCUUACUCAGCCACUAUGGGGAAGACACGUGGAAUGGGAGCUGGUCGUAAGCUCAAGUCCCACCGCAGAAGGCAGAGGUGGGCUGACAAGUCAUAUAAGAAGUCUCACCUGGGAAACGAGUGGAAAAAACCAUUUGCUGGAUCAUCCCAUGCUAAGGGCAUUGUUCUAGAAAAGAUUGGCAUUGAGGCUAAGCAGCCAAACUCUGCUAUCAGAAAAUGUGCUCGUGUUCAGCUGAUCAAAAAUGGAAAAAAGAUCGCUGCUUUUGUUCCUAAUGAUGGUUGCUUAAACUACAUUGAGGAGAACGACGAGGUUUUAAUUGCAGGAUUUGGACGAAAGGGGCAUGCUGUGGGAGAUAUCCCUGGAGUCAGAUUCAAGGUUGUGAAGGUAUCUGGUGUGUCUCUGCUCGCUCUCUUUAAGGAGAAAAAGGAAAAGCCAAGGUCUUAGGCUUAUUGUCUGAAAGCUCAUAUUUGCCGUCUUUUACCCCCACCCCAGCAUGCAUUUUGUUUUGUUUUGUUUUAUUUAAUUUUUUAGCUGAGGAUGCUUUUUAUUUAGAUGAUACUUGUAGCAACGAUUCAGUAAGAGCAAAACUUUGUAAGUGAAUCUUUAUUUGCUACUUUAGAACCUGGUUCUCUUUGUCCUAAAAAAACAAAAUUUUGGAAACUGAGGUUGUUGAUUAUUUUUUCUUUUAA